CUAAUCCCCGUUUUGAUUGUAAUUGUUCUUACAAAUUAGUGUUUGCUUAGAGUCCAGAAACUAAGGAUAGUCUUGCAGAACAGAUGUGUUAAAUGUCUGUCAAGCUUUCAAAGAGUUCGGUGUUGUUAGUUUUAAAGCAAGUCUGUUUUUACCCAGCAAGUAGUUUGAUGAAGUAUGGGUUGUUUCUGUAGAAACAUUUGCAGCAUAGGCACUUUCUCUUUACUUUUUAUAGAAAUGAACAGUGUCUGGCUAUACGAUCCCAUCAAACUGCUUUUCACAUUCUGCAAUUUUUCUCUUCCUUCUGCUUAAUCUUGGAAUGUCUCUUUUUGUACUCCUUAUUUUUAAGCCCUUAACUCUAAAUUCUAAUUAUCAAAACCAAAACAUCUGAAUCUGUUCUUAUUGAAGAAUUAUAGUCAGUACCAAAUUUCAUUAACAGAGGAUGGAAUUAAUAUCAAUUGUGGGUGGCAGGGAGAAACUGUUUAAAUUGUUUCUCAGAAUCUGGUUAGGUAUGAGUCUCGACACCAGAUAUUCUCUCUUGACUUUUGAAUAAUGCUUUAAAUGUGGAUACUAUCUGAAACUGGAAGGUGGUAUUUCCAGCUGAAAUUGCAAGUGAUUUUACAAGGUUAAUGUUGAAGAAGGAAAAUGCGGAAGUCGUCAUUUGACAAGUUUUAUAAAUGAGUAUUUGAAGCUCAGGAAUAAGUGAAGCUGAAAUUUGAAAAAAUAAAAGAAAGAAUGCAUGCUAAUUAUCAGACCAGAAGUCCCACUUGUAGAAUAUUGAGCAAUUUGUGUGAAGUGGGGAAGAUGAAAGAAGUCAGAAUUUGAAACGGAAGAAUGAAGAAAAGAAAUAAAAAUGAAGUUAAGAUAAGAAGUAAUCUGGAAUCAGAAAGCACUACGCUAAGUAAUUACUAGUCUGUUUAUGUGUCCCUGUAUAUUUUGCUAAAGAUGCAUGCAUUAUUUGUUUAAUAGAAGAAAAUAUAUACAGGGUAAAGAAGUGCCUUCCAAGGGAAACGUUUAAAUUAGGAAUCCCGUUCUGCUUCCAGAAGUGGAAGUGCUCACGGAUCGGGGAAAUCUGCAAGGCAUACCCCUGCAAGGUCUCGCUCCAAGGAAGAUUCCAGGCGGUCCAGAUCAAAGUCCAGGUCCAGAUCUGAAUCUAGGUCUAGAUCCAGAAGAAGCUCUCGGAGGCAUUAUACAAGGUCGCGAUCUCGGUCCCGAUCCCAUAGACGAUCCCGUAGCAGGUCUUACAGUAGAGAUUAUCGCAGACGACAUAGCCACAGCCAUUCUCCCAUGUCUACUCGUAGGCGUCAUGUUGGGAAUCGGGCAAAUCCUGACCCCAACUGUUGUCUUGGAGUAUUUGGUUUGAGCUUGUACACCACAGAAAGAGAUCUGAGAGAAGUUUUUUCUAAAUAUGGUCCUAUUGCUGAUGUGUCUAUUGUAUAUGACCAGCAGUCUAGGCGUUCCAGAGGAUUUGCCUUUGUUUAUUUUGAAAAUGUAGAUGAUGCCAAGGAAGCUAAAGAGCGUGCCAAUGGAAUGGAGCUUGAUGGGCGUAGAAUCAGAGUUGAUUUCUCCAUAACCAAAAGACCACAUACUCCAACACCAGGAAUUUACAUGGGGAGACCCACAUAUGGCAGUUCACGCCGUCGGGAUUAUUAUGACAGAGGGUAUGACCGAGGCUAUGAUGAUCGAGACUAUUACAGCAGAUCGUAUAGAGGAGGUGGUGGAGGAGGAGGUGGAUGGAGAGCUGCUCAAGAUAGAGAUCAAAUUUAUAGAAGACGGUCACCUUCUCCUUACUAUAGUCGUGGAGGAUACAGAUCACGUUCCAGAUCUCGAUCCUACUCUCCUCGUCGCUAUUAAAGUAUGAAAGUGAACACUCUGAAACCUGCCCUAUGCUGGGAUGUUGUUUGUGGACAAUAUUUUUUAUUGUCUCCUGUUUAAAAAGUGAACAGUGCCUAGUGGAGUUAGGUGACUUUUACACCUUUUAUGAUGACUACUUUUGGUGGAGUUGAAAUGCUGUUUUCAUUCUGCAUUUGUGUAGUUUGGUGCUUUGUUCAAAGUUAAGUGUUUUCAGAGAAGUAUGUUUUGCAUGUAUUUUUUUACAGUCUAAAUUUUGACUGCUGAGAAGUUUCUAUUGUACAAAACUUCAUUUAAAAGGUUUUUCUACUCAAUCCAGGGUAUUCUGAAGAUCGAAGCCUGUGUGUAAAAUGCUGCCAAACGGCAAAAGCAACAAUAAAGUUUGGUUUUUACUUUUCUUUCUGACAUACAAAUGCUCAACAGAAAGUUCAAAUUAAGUUGUCAGUAGUAAAUUAAAAGAAAAAUUCCUGUUUAUCCAGUCCAUCAAACAUCCAUACCUAUGAUACUCGCAACUAAGUGUUAAAAAUUAUGCUCUGUAACUCUGUACUGCUAGUAUUAGAACUAAAACUCUUGCAAUAUAGCAAAUGCUUUAUGCUUAUAGAUGUGGAUUUGUCAGCAUUUAUGUAACCUGUAUUAUAUAUAGCAGGGAAUAUGAAAAGAGUUACACAAUGUAUGCCUUUAAAAGGCUUUUUCUUAAAGCUGUUACAAGAGGCUUAAUGGUAUUUCAACUAGAUAUCAGCAAGUGACAAUACAUUCCACCACUAAUGUGCUCUUGUUCUAGCUUUUAGACCAUACGAAAAAACUGGGUGCUUCCAAGUAUGAGAUGAGAGAAGGGAACACUACACCUGUGUCAUGGAUAAACUGAAGACCUUGCCUGUUCAUUUUUUAAAUUUUAUUUUCAGGUCCUUUGCUUACCAGAGGAGACCCAAUUUCACUCAAAUGUUUUGAGGACUGUGUUUAAAUAAACGCUAUUGAAAAGAA